UUGUCAUUCAUACAUGAUUCGUCUGCGUGGAUACAUGUAUACACAAACACAUCAUUGUUGUUGUUUUCGAACGCGGGUAAACUUGUCCCGAUUUAUUUGUCAGCGCUCAGAGGAGACCUUACUAAAUCUUUACGAAGAGAAAUUCGUGAUAGUGUAAUAUAAUAUAUACUACUAUAGCAUUCGUGGACGCUCAAGCUUGUCGUUUUGAAUGUAUCGUUUGCUGUCGGAUUUCGAUGAUUUUGGAGAUACCGACUAUCGUCACAUAUUUGAAAUUGAGAAGAAGAGGAAGAUAUGGACGGGAGUAGUGAGGAUAGUACCGACAGCUCUGGCGAGUCGGCCAGGCGAAAGCUGACAGGUGUCUGCAGCUACUGGAGCCAACUUGCCCAAUCUCACGCUGGAUCCGCGAGCAUGGAAAUCUCCGGAGACGGCCCCUCGCCGGGAUGCGGAGCGAGCGCGGAGGACGAGGGAGAGGAGGACCUCGAUGACUCAUCGAUGGAUCUCAUCCUCCUCCCACUCACCGACGAGAAUUGCAACGAGCUGAGCGGACAGGGAGAUAGAGGGCGCUACACGAGCACGGGCAGCGACGGGAGCGUCGACGGUGAGGACGCGUCGUCCCGGGCGGAACCGAAGCAGGGGAAGAGCAAAAACAGGGUUUUCCUCUCGGCAGCCGCAGCCAGCAGAAGCUGCAAUGGACUUCGGCCAUCAACAAGCGAUGGCGAAGGACGACCCGUGGGCGGACUUCAGCAUCAAUGAGCUAAUGACGGAGAGCGUGCGCCGACAUCGCUACAGCGCCAUCCGCAAGAAGUGGACGACGGACGAGGUGCAGGUCAAGGUGGAGGCUGUGGCAUUCGACAGGGGAGCCAUGAGAGAAUGCUUCAGACUGAAGAAGUUGUCAAACUUUCGUCGCAACGAGAACUGGCAACGAGCGCACAACUACGUCGCGAAGGCCUACAUCACGCCCGUCGAGAGAGACGUCUACUUUGAGGACGUGAAGCUACAGAACGAUGCCAAGCUGUGGGGAGAGGAGUACAACAGGCACAACCCACCGAAAAAGGUUGACAUCAUGCAGAUGUGCGUCGUGGAGUUUGUCCACCGUGAGGGGUCGCCACUGUUCCACCUGGAGCACUACAUCGAGGGAGAGUACAUCAAGUACAACUCCAACUCCGGGUUCGUCAGCGAGGCGGUCAGGUGCACGCCGCAGGCGUUCAGUCACUUCACGUUCGAGCGCUCGAGCCACCACCUCAUCGUAGUCGACAUCCAGGGUGUCGGCGACCUGUGGACCGACCCACAGAUCCACAGCUGCGAGGGGACCGACUACGGCGACGGCAACCUCUGCACGAAGGGCAUGGCGCUGUUCUUCCACUCGCACGCGUGCAACCACAUCUGCGACCGCCUCGGCCUGACCCCGUUUGACCUCGCGGGCAGCGAGCUACGCCAGCAGGCCAAGCGCAUCGCCAUGCAGAAGUGUUCGGAGACUAAGAUCCGCGGUUCGCUGGAGAUCUGUGUGAGUCCGUCAGCGAGUGAGGCGUCCGACCUUCACCGCUUCCUUCGCCAGCGCACCUACUCCGGCAGCAGCUUGGGCGGCUGCGUGCCCGCAUCGCCGUCGGCAACGUCUGCAUUCUCGCCACCAGGGGACGCGCUCGGCUCGCCCGUGUCGCAGGAUUCUGAUUUCGGCAGCAGCGGACGCCUGCGCUUCAUGUCGGGAGAUUCGGCAGAGUUUUCGUCGUCGCGUCAGCGCGUCCUGUCCGGUGACUCGGACUGCUACUCCCUGCCGUCCUCACGCGCACGCACCAUCUCCGGCGACUCGGACACCGACAGCAACAGCGGCACAUGGUCGCGGGAGGAAGAAAGGAUUCAAUACCUGACAGCUAUGAUGAAGAGCAGGCCGGCUGGCGUUGCCCAGGAGAUCGAUCUCAGAGAGCUGCGUGACUCCGAAACAAAGACUGGUGGCUCCACCUUGGGACAAAUUCACCUGGAUCUAGCGAAGUACCAUGAGAUGGGACGGUUCUCGGACGGUGCGGAGAGCGAGCGCGACAUGGGGGCGGCCAUGUUCCACCUGCAGCAGGCGGCAAAGUGUGGCGUGCUGGAGGCCAUACUCACGCUCGCCCGUCUCUACCUGUCGCUGCCCACAGACAUGCUCUGUGACGUCACCAUAGAGAACGUGUUGGAUAACGUGGACCGCGGCAUCGACUACAUGCUGCAGGCUGCAGACGCCGGCGAUCGCAGCGCCAUGAUCUACAUGGCAAAGGCGUUCGUGUGCGGAAACCCGCUAGGCAAGAGCCGGAGCAAGGACUGGAAGGAGGCGGCUUACUGGUACGACGUCGCGAUCAACACGGAGGAUCCGGACGAGAACGGGGAGUUCAACGCGACAAUGGACGACCCCGUCUACCAGCUGCAGGCGUCGCAGGCCGAGAUCUGGCACAAGGGAGGGUUCGGCCUCGAGAAGGACCCCAGCUACGCCGGUGAGUUGUACACGGCGGCGGCGGAGGCGGCCAUGACAGCGAUGAAAGGUCGGCUCGCCAACAAGUAUUACGCGCUCGCAGAGGAAGCCUGGGCCGACGUAGAGGAGUAGGAGACAGAGAGAGAGAGAGAGCGAGAGAGAGAGAGAGAGAGAGAGAGAGAGAGAGAGAGACCGCUCUCCUUAGCAGGAGUAGGAGACAGAGAGAGAGAGGGCCGCUCUCUUUAGCAGGAAGAGUAGGAGCGAGAGAGAGAGGGCCGCUCUCCUUAGCAGGAAGAGUAGGAGACAGAGAGAGAGAGACCGCUCUCCUUAGCAGGAGUAGGAGACAGAGAGAGAGAGAGGGCCGCUCUCCUUAGCAGGAAGAGUAGGAGCGAGAGAGAGACAGAGAGAGAGGAUCGCUCUCCCUCGUGGGAUCGACUGUGCACUGUCGUGUGCGACGGACCACGUCAGAAAUCGGCUCCCAGCUGGCAUAUGCCGUUAAUAUUCUGUCGAAAAUGAGUGUUAUUUUAUCGCUGCCCCCUAACGAUGACGUCAGGAGAGCGUGCUUGCGGAUUCGUCUGCCGUCGCGCACGCUUUCUGAUAACGUCUGCUGCGUGGGUGCGCGUGUACGGCGAUUGACGCGAAAACAUUUCGUUUGUCUUUCUUAUCUAUAUCCCCCGCAUUGCGAAAUGCUGCGUCAGCAUUAAAUUGGAAACGAGAUACCGUAUUGCAGACGGUGCAGUAUUUUUUGAGGAGCGUGGAUAUGUAGGGCGUCUGUAAACCUCGUUGCUAUGGGGGUGGGUACGCGAAUCUGUUGCUAGGCCGAUCGGUUUUCUGGUUGCUAGGCAACAGUGAAGCUGCUCGUCACCAGGCGAAAGGUUUACCGCGAUGCAAGCCUACUUCGUUUUUAUUUUUGUUUCUUAGACGACGAUGACGUUGGUUAGAACCGUCUGGACAGUUAAGUAUGGCUGUUCUCUGGUCUGUCAUCACCCCCUAUUUAGUUUACCGCCAUUGUGUGUCGAAUCAAAUCCGUACACGUGCACCUGCGUAGAUAGAAUUCGUAUAUAUUAUACAUAUAUACACGUUUGGGGGAAUAGUUGGGACAGCGAUAUGGGGGUCUCUGUGCGAUAUUCUACUGUUUGUCUAUUUGGUUGAUAAGUAACUACAGUGUGUGUUAGCAUUGCACGGGGGAAGUUUGAAGAAAUAAGUGAGAUGGGUAGUUAGAUGGAAAGAUGGCGAGAAGUGUGCAUUUAUUGAACGAUUAUGGCGCACUUUUAUUUAGAUGGGAGUGUUCGUGUGUAAAGAAAACAAAAACAUAAAAUGAUAUUUAUUUUAUUACGCGUGGCUGUGAGUGAGUGACAAGGUAAAAUUGCAUCACGAGGCACUACGUCGUCGUUGUGCGUUUUACUUGUCCGUGUUAUUUUAAUACGCUUGCGAUUUACAAUUUACGAAACUUAAGCUGUUUAACGAAAGCAAUUUUCGCUGCCUUCAAUUAUAUACCGUGUGUAUAUUGAUUUUCUUUGUGGUUUUUUUCAGCCAUUAUACUAGAAUGUCCGUAAAGUACUUGUGUAAGGUUGAAUUUUUGUCGGCAAGAAAGAAGCGCGUGUGUAGUGUUUAGGGAAAGCAGUGGAGCAACACUGGCACUAAUCAUUUAUAUACGAACAGCGUGACGAAGUAUUUUGUUGAAGGAAGAUUUGUCGUGACACUUUGCGGGAUGGCGGUAGUCACGACGAGGGGGCGUUGCGAUCGCAAUCCCUCCCUGCAAAACUUGCCGGAUUUGCCGAUCCGGGGUGCCGUUGCCGGAAACAAAAUUAAGUCGUAACGUCAGUCCUAACGUUAACUUUUCCUCGUAGACCAGCACUCUUUACGCUGCGUAUGAGAAACUUCAUGAUGUUUCUGUCCACAGGCAACGAGACAAAGUUGAGAUUGAGACUGACGUUAAGAAUUAUUUAGUGUCUGUCUACGGUUUACGAGACAAAAGUUAAUGUUAAAACUAAGUUUGUUUCUGACAACGGCGCCCCCCCCCCCCGUGCGUACGUACGACCAAUGAGCAAGGCCCGCUCACGGCAGGUGGGUGACGCGAGGUGUUCACAUCUAAUUAGGACGCUAACGAGCGGUGUGACGGGAUGGGAGCACGGUGACAGGUGACAUCGGUGACAUGUGACGUCGCAGUGUGCCUACUCCGAUGACCGACGAUGGUCACUCACCUGGUAUCCGUCGAUGCAAUUUAGGUUUACCUUAUUCUGGUACCGCGCGGAUCGGUGGCGGGAAGAUAAAGGCACGCGUUAUGUGGUAAAUGCGAACACAAACUAAAGUGAUCGACUAUUGGUAGAAGCUCACGUUGCAUCUUCUGAUAAUGCGCCGACUCACUCCUCACUCUGUUGAGGUUGGAGAAUUGUAUUCCCGAAAAAAAAAAGUAUACAUAUAUAUAUAUCGCAGUAGCUAUGGUGCCGUGUGUAUUACCACCCUCUACACUAUUAUAUAUUGUAUUCUGAAUGAGAGGCAGUGUAUUUAAUCAACUGUUGAUCUUUCGGUGUGUGUGUGAAUGUAACCACGAGUUGUUCGUGUCGCCGUGGAUGUUCGGAAGAAUUGAGUGUUUGAUCGGUGAAGGUGAUUUCCUUAAGGGAGUGUGUUUAGUAGAGCGAUAAUAAGGUGCGGGACUGCUGUCGAUUCGCUUGCGAUUUAUCUUUUACAUUCGUUGUUCCGGCAACUUGCAGUGAGAAAGGUGACUAACGCACGAGUCGGCUGUCUCGGCCCGACUACACGCUACUAAACGCAGUUGCGCUUGUGUGUUUCGUGUCUUACAUGAAAAAAACUUGUAUGCAGUCGUGUGAACUCGCUUGAAUACAAAGUCCUCACUUUAUUAUAUCAUCGUGUCCCCCUUCCUCCCGAGUAGAUAGCUGUAUGAACAGGCUGUAUGCUGUGUGGGGGUUGUAGGUGUUGGGGUUAGGUGUUGGCUUGGUAGUGGUGUUCUAUUAUGACGUAGUCUAGUUGGUUCAUGCAACGAGGAAGUUGUUUGAUUUGUUUCGUUUCACAUCCGUGUUGUUCGAUUACAUUGCUUACAAAUACCGUGUGACGUGUUAGACCUAGCAUAGAAGGGUCGGUGCAGUUUGAAUUUUGUUGUAAGGGAAAAGAGACGGAGCUGGUUUGGUGAAAAGUAUUACUUACGCAGUAAGGCUUAGACGAAGACGUGCUAGUGUGAUGUGGUUUCGAUGAGGAGAGUUGAUAUUUAGGAUUUUCGCAGUGUUUAUUAUUCCGUCUACGAGUGGACGCGAGCGUUGGAAGUUUUCCUUCGUACGUUGUGGUCAGAAGAGAUAGUAAGGUUCAAGUCCUGCUGUUUGAUGUGCGGUUAGCACGCACGCAUGCGUGUUAGGAUAAUGACGUAACUUGUCGUUCUAUCUGUACGUGUUUACAGUUCGGUAGCCGAUGCGCGAGAUUGCGAUAUUAUUUCAGUGCCGAUGGAGCCGUGUCGUUGUUCCGAUGGGUUCAAGCCUCGUUGAAACGCCUGGCAGACUACUGUACCAUGCUGCGCGUGAUACACUUUCUGCCAGGGUUCAAGCCGGGCAUUGGCCAAUCAACUUACCGCAAAGUUUUCCAGCUCAUUUCCUUUCCACCGGUUCCCAUAUUCAUCCUGGUAAAUUUCUGUUUUCCUUUCCUUCAGGUUUCGUGUUAAGACUGUGAUAUGGGUUUUCCGCGCACGCGCGUGAAGUGCCCCUCAUUUAGACAGCAAAGGUGCUGGAGUACGUGGUAGUGGUGAUGGUCGGAGUUGUUGCCACGUCAAUAAUGCAAGCGUGCAGCAGGGAAAUGAGCAACACUAUUUGCAAAAAUUAUCCCAAGCUCUUUUCGGCACUGUUUUUGCUUGUACAUUGUGUAUGUGCGUGUGUGUGUGUGUGUGUGUGUGUGUGUGCGCGCGUGUGUGCGUGCGUGUGCGUGUCAAAGAACGAUGUAGGUACGUGUACAUAAUAUAUUUUUAAUGAA